AUGCCUUCAAGGUGGAAACUUCUGUUUCUCCUCCUUUUGGGAGCUGCAGGCGCCGACCUGCAGGAAAUCAAGGAUCGGCAUGAGGCGGUCAAGCAGAAAGCCCAGGCGGCCAGAGACCGAGCCAAAAAACAAGCUGAAGAGAAGCGUGAGAUGAAGAAGGAGAAGGCAAAGGAUGCCAGGGUGCCAAAGGAGGUGUCUGAGGUGGCCACAUUGUGCGAGGAGCAGAAAGAGAAGGCCAUGCAAUCUUGGAGGGACGUCUCUUCUGAGAUUAAAAGCAUGAUUGAGGAGGAAUCCAGGAAACAGGAGGUCCUAACGUCGCCUCAAACUGCCGCGGUGCUGCGAAACCUCUUCCGGCCGCCAAUGCUAAAAAGCCCAGGCUUUAUCAGGGCUGGCGUGAUGCCCAGUGACGUGAAGCAGCAGUUGAAUGGCUACCUCGCAAAACAUCGCAGCAGGAGUUUCGCAGAAACCUUUGAUCCACUUCUGGGCAACCAGCGGAAGACGAAGUUCCUGCCGCUUCCACCCGCCUGGAUCAAGCAGGCCGGCUUCAUUGACAACAGCAUUCGACCGGUGUUGGAGAAACUUUCCGGACAAAAAAUGGAGUUGGUAAAGAUCCAUCCUGGCAUCCGGAUCUAUGAAGCCGGCUCCACCUUGAUGCAGCACUUGGAUGGUCCUACUACACCGCUAGCAGUGACCUUGCUUCUUUCUGCCACGGAAGAAGGUCGCUCCUGGCACCUGGAGAUCGGCUUGGGCGAUGGCAAAGCGAAGCCCACACCGCUGGCACCAGGCCAUAUGAUGGUGUAUGAGGGUGCUCGCCUGCCGCAUGGUCGGUCCGGGUCGUUGAAGAGUGGUGAGUUGGCCUUGGUCUUCGCCUACUACCGUCCUCUCAAGUAUGAUGCUGGAGCUGUGCAACGGCGCAUCGAUCAAGUCCUUUCAGCACAGAAGGUCAACCCACGAGGUCGGCCAGGACCACGGAAGGGCCCCCGCCGAUCCAAAGAUGAGUUUGGCAGUGCAGAAGAGCUCUAG